GCCAGAUCUAUCUUCAGUCCCCAUGACAUAGAGUUGUUAAAAGAUUACGCGCUCACAAAGUUGCUAUAAAAUGAAAGAAUACAAAAGCAACUCAUUCAGUUAUACACAGUGCAGCUUGGCUGUGGAUCGGCGCUUAAAUCGCGGGAAAUUUUCUUGCUUAGGAAAAUCGUGUUUGGUAGUGUCGUAACUUUGACAGAUAAUAUCCACACUACAAAUUCUUGCUACGAUGCCAAGAGCCUUUCUGCUAAAGAGAAAUUUCGAUGACGGCAAUUAUUUCGGCGAGAGAAAACUUUCUUCCGUUCAGUACGGUUAGUUUUUUGUUUCCUUUUGAAUCAAAAUCUUUUAUAAGUAUUUGUUAGAGUGCCUUAAUUCGAAAUGUCUCAAAAUAAAAGCGUCUCUAUGUAAACACGCCAGACAGCCACUUUCGUGUUGUAGCCGUGUGUUCAUUUUAAGAUUUUAACUGAAGUAUCAUUUAUGUUGUAUUUUUAAUUCACAGAGGAGGAGAAAGCCGCUAGUGAGGAUUAUUCAGAUGUCAGGCGAAGCAAGAGGCCGGCAAAAAUAAAGAAGGAAAAGGAAGUUGAAUUUUUCGGUACGUUUCAAAAGAAAAAGAAAUCAUCUUACCCAGCCGAUGUCCGAAUUGAUGGGCGAGUGAAUGAUAUUGGAAAGAUUCUAAGGUUUGCAAAUGGUUUCAUUAAUAAUGGAAAGAAAAUGUCGGGCCAAAAUGCUCAAAAAAGCAAUCUUCAGGAAAUCUCUUGUUAUGCCGGGCAAGGAAUUUUUCGAGAAAAUGAAGCACUGGAGGAGAAAACCAACGCAUUCGCCAAAGACUUCAACAAGAACAUUGACUCGUCCUCAGACGAAGCCAAGCGGGUGUCGGGUUCAGCGCUCAAAAAAAGUUCCCAUGUGAAUAAAGCAAAUGAACUAAAUGAUACAGGCGCUAAGAGUCGCUCAGACAAGGCCAUCCAUAAAUGCAAUCAGUGUGGCAAAAUUUUUAAGACCAAAUACACCUUGUCCAUUCACUUAAAAAUGCCAGAUCAUACUCAGAGUCGGCCAUUUGUUUGCAACGUUUGCGGAAAAGGUUUCCGUCUGUCCAGCACCUUGUGCAGGCACAAGAUCAUUCACACAGAGAAAAAACCGCACAAAUGCGAUGAGUGUGGAAAGAGUUUUAACCGUUCUUCCACACUUAAGACUCAUCUCCGAACACACAGCGACAAGAAGGCCUUCAUCUGCGACAUUUGCGGGAAAGGAUUUCAUCAAAAGGGAAAUUUGCGAAACCAUAUUAUGAUUCACACGGGAGAGAAGCCAUUUCGAUGCAACCAGUGUAAUCGCGCUUUCAACAAGAUGUCUAAUCUAAAGUUUCAUAUGCAUACCCAUUCUGACAACUUGCCUUACCACUGUCGAACCUGUAGAAAGCGAUUUUCAAAAAAGAUUGAUUUAAAAGAGCACGUUGAAGAAGCUCACUAAGAACAUUUAGGAGAGGAAACACAUGAACUUUUUCCAGACUUUAUUAAACGCGAUUCCGCGAAAGCUUAAAAUCUUUAAGGUUUUUUUAGGUAAUUGCUUCGUAAUUUUAACUCGCGCGAGGGAGAAUGCGUGUAGCAAUUUGUAAAAAAAUUAAAUAUUUGCACUUCAUCUUAACAAGAUCAGCAGUAAUUAUUGAAACUUAGAGAGUGACAGGCUAAAACUGAGUUUACCAACCCUGUCAAUGCUGACUUGAAUUGCAAAAGAUUCGCUUGUAUAGAAAUUCAAACCAAUUGCUCAAACUUCGUCCAAAUUUUUUCCUUUGUUGUCCUUUUUAUAUUACUUAAGCACAAUUUUAAUAGCGACGAAAGCGAAGAUUUCGCGUGAAGAAAUAAUAUCUACUCAUACGAAGGGUAGUAGCUAUAACCAGGCAAUAUAAGUGAAAUUUUUAACAAUGUUUUCACACCUAAUUUUGUUAACAUUAUCAGUAAUGGCAUAACAUGUACAUUG